AUGUCUCCCUCCCUCGCCCGUAGCGCCUGUCUCUUCUGGCUCAGCAAGCGUAUCCUCACAGAAACGCAACCUGAUACCUUUCAAGUCCUAGAAACAAUCCCAGGCGAAGAAGACGAAAAUGGCCCACCACACGUAGGCGGUGAAGCAGCCACCGUCGGUCAAUACUCAACAGGACCACGCACAACUGGUGUCGGCGGUACAUCGUCAACAAAAAUCUCCUCUGCGGACGCCGUCGCAGCUGCAGAAGCGGCAGAAGCAGCUGCAACGAAAGAAUCUGCAGACGCUGUCUCAAUGGCGAGGAUGGAUCUGUACUGGCAAUUUAUUGUGGGUAUGCUGACCAACCAGGGCGCCAUGCCGUUGCAACGGAUCAUCAUGAUGCUGAAGAUCGUAGUACCCGGUGGGUUCCCCUUUGGUAGCGAAGAACUGCGGGAGUUCUUGAGCCAGAUGGUGGCGAAGGGGAGGUUGGAGGUUGUGAGUGGAGGGAGCUACAAGAUUGUAGCGUACCUCGUUUCUCGCAAGGGGUCAUAG